AUGCGAAGAAGCUCGGAGAGAGCUAUUCGACGGAGCCCCAGUCCCGACAAGGAAGCCUUGCUCUCGAGACAGAACCUUUUGGACAGAUUGCUCCAGGUCCGAGAGAAGGGAGCCCUGGCCCCGCAGAGAAGACAGAAGGACCCCCAGCAGCAGAAGACCCAGCUGCUCCAGCGCUUGGUUGAGGAGCUGAAGGCAGAGUGGCCAGAGGCCCUGGACCAGCAAAUUCGAGGCCUGGGGCGGCUGUACUUAGCGCAUCUGUUGGGCUCAGGGGGCGAACGGGCCGAGGACCAUGAACCUGACUCAGAGGGCUCGGCCCAGCGAGGAGCAGCCAGGUUGCCCAGGGCCAGGGGGAAGCACAGAGUGGCCGCGCAGGAAGAGAAGGGACGCAGGGAGGAGCUGGCCCGACGACAACCCUGGUGCGCCACGUCCCGGAGGAGAGCAGUGGACCAAGAGAGGCAGGGGGCCUCCAGAGCCACGGGCCCAUGUCCCCCUUCCCUGAGCCCCCCGGAGAGGAGUAAAGGAAAACGAGCGCCUUCCAUGAAGACGGGCAGGGGCUGCCGUCACGGGACAGACGUGGAGAAGCUCUUGGCUGCCACAGAGGGGAUCAAGCGCCUGGCGGGACAGGAGAGUGACGCAGCCCGGGAGGGCAGGAGGCAGCUGGGGAAGCGACCAGCUCGUUGUCAAGGCCCGAAAAACAACUGUCUGGAUCAGAGCCCCGAAGGCAAAGCCGACCACCUGGAACAGCUGUGUCCAGUCGGCUCGACCCACAGAAGGGGGGCCUCGCCGCCCGCGAAGCUCGGGAACAAGAGCAAGUGGCAGAGAGAGCUGGAAUUUGCCUUCGAAGAGUUGUUUGAUACCAACAGGAAGCUGAAAAAACACCUGAACUUGCAGCUGAAUCUCAAGCCCGCGGUGGAUCAGAGCCCUGGUGCAGGUCAGGACUCCAAGGAGGAGACGCAAGCAUGGAGAAGGGAGAGCCAGAGAGAGAAGGCGGAAGGAGAUGCAGAGAUUCCUAUGGUGCCCACCGGGGAGCCCAUGAAUCCAGUGGGGAUGGAAGCCCACCUGACGCUGUCCAGAACCAGCUUGCAAAAGUUUCUAAGCAAGCUCGAGAGCCAGAAAUACCAGAGGAUGGCCAAGGGCGUGGUUAAGAGCGACAGUACACUUUGGUUUCCCAAGGCAGGAACCUCUCUGAAUGAAAAGGACCGGCUCUCGUGCAGCCCCGGAUCCAGAUGGGAGCAGCCCCAACUGGAUGCGCUGGUGCAGGGCUCCCUUCAGCCUCACCCACAAGAACAGGUAGACAGGGUUGGCUUGAUGGCAUCAGUGCAGGUGGAGCAAAGAAGACUGAAGCAGCUGGACUUGCUUGAGCCAAUCGAACACCACAAGGUAAGCCUGGAGGCUGACCUCCAGACGGAGCUGAAAGACGGGAGGAGGGGACACAGCCAAGCUCGUCUGGUUCAUCCGAAGCCUGACUCCCCUCCAGACCCGGAGAAGGAAGGCGGGUAUGACCGCAGCCCCACUUCCCCCUCGGCUGCCGUCGUCGACGAUGACAGGCACAGUCAGAUGAUCCGUGACAUUCAACAGCAGAUUCUAGAGCAGAACGUGUCGCGCAAGCAGUUGCUUAAAGAAGCCAGGAAACGCUUGCUGGAGUUUCAGAAAAUAUGUUAG